AUGUCACGAUUUGAGCUUUGCAAGUUCACUCCAACACCAGAUCCAGAGUUGAUCUGUGGAAUUUGCAUGAAUGUUCUAGACACCCCUGACGAGACUCCCUGUCGCCAUGUGUUCUGUCAUGACUGUAUUUUGACAGCUAUAAGAGAAAAUCAGAAGUGUCCUGUUUGCAGAGCACCAUGUAGAGAAGGGCAGACCAAGGAGGUGUUACCACUAGUACAAAAUCUGAUCAACAAAUUAACCAUGAGAUGUGACUACUUUGACAAUGGAUGUACAGACUUAAUCCUAAAAGAGUUUUUCCUGGAUCAUGUCAUAUCAUGCGAAUUUGAGAUGGUCCAGUGCCGAUACAAAAGCUGCGGUCAGUCCUUGCUCAGAAGGGACUGCGAACAGCAUGAGUUGAACACCUGUGCUUACAGAGACCGUGUGUGUGAGAACGGGUGUGGCCUAAUGAUUCCGCAAGAAAAUGCCAGCUCGCAUAAAUGUGUAGAAGCUCUCGUGGAAUUGGUGAAAGACCUUAAAGAAAAGAACCAAGACCUACAGAAACGAAUCAAUGAACUUCAACAUUCUUCUGAAAGUGUUGCACAGUCUGAAACAUCAGUUGCAGUGCAAGCCAGCCAAAGAGAUGAUGACGACCAGAGUUUCCAUUCUUUCUCCUAUGGCAACAUUUCGGACAGCUCAUUUAAUGACACCUCAAGCUUCUCCUCACAUUCGUGGGACACCGACAUUGUCAUGGAAGCUGCCUGGAAUGAAAUUAAUGAUCUGGUAAAUAAUAGGGUAGACCGAAGAAGAUCCAGUCGAUUAGCAGCACUGCCUCAUGGAUCUGAAAGUGACCCCAGUGCAAGUAGGCAUUUAGGCGAAUCUGAUCAGUCACAUACCAGUGAGAUCCUGGGGAAUGACAACUCUAGUGAUCGUGACAAUGCUGAUAUGAGCUUAAACAAUGGAGAAAUUACUGUUGGAAUUCAGACCGAUCAUCAGAUGAUUCAAGAUAUAAAAAAUGGGCUUGAUAUUUGUCGGCAGGAGUUAAAUGAGAUGUUUGUAUUAACACGAACAGGAAUGGAAAGGGGUGAAUCAUCCUCUUUACUGGAUUCUUCUUCAAAUGGCGCAUUAUCAAAAACUAGUACAGAAUGUCUUUCUGUUGGAACUAGAAAAAGAGAGCUUGAAGAAGACAGUGGAUUUUGUGAUGAUAAUACUGCCAGGACGCAAAUAAAACAACCCAAACGGUCUAAUCCUCAACCGAUAAACACCCAGGCUGAAGAGAUUGCCCUUAUGUCCACAGGCCUGACUGCAUUCAACACUUCUGAUACAUCACUUCUAGAUGGUGCCAACGAAAGUCUAAAUGGUAUUACAGGGCCAAUUUGUGAUGCUGCUAUUAAUGUCAACAGUGGCUCGGGUUUGACUGUCGCUUACGAAGUUGCAGCAGCAGAACCACUAACUAACAUAACGGAAGUGUCACAGAUUGGUAAUACGUUGACAGAUCCUUCAGAUAGUACAAAUACAGUCAGUUCCAGUUGUAACCUCAGAGUCAGUGUUAAUCCUUUGAGGCAAGGUCCCGUAACCCGGUCUCGAGGACAAGAUGGGCAUGUUGCAUUGGAGGGUAAUGCAAUUCCAUAUGUAAAGGUUCCACCAACUUGUGCUUAUUUACUUGACAUGUAUGCACAGGAAGAUGAUUCUAGUGAAGAUGAAUCAUGGUCACCAUCUGAUGAGAAUUGA